AUGGUUGGGGUUGAUGUUGCGGAUGUUGAAGAGGUUGUUGUGGAUGUGCAUCCGCUUGUUCUGGAGUUAACGGGGAAGACGGCGCCGAGGGACGGGUUGGAGGCUAAGUUUAGUGUUUAUCAUGGUGGUGCUGUGGGUUUGUUGUUAGGUGAGGUUACGCCGGGGCAGUAUGAGCAUGAUGUCGUGCUUGAUAGGCGGGUUGUGGCAUUGAGGGCUCGGUUCAGGGCAGUUCCCCGCCGAGAGUUCGCGGGCUGA